AUGAAAACCUAUGCAGCGCAAGAAUUAUCAUCUUCAGUCGAUUUCUAUAUAUGUUCAGGUGCUUCAUAUGACGAUCGAUCGGAGUUACCGUCAGUGAUAACCACAACAGACGGUACUCUAUUCACAAUGGCUCCAAAAUUUAGAAAAGCAGUUCGUAAAGCAAGAAGAGAUCAGAGUGAAAUUAGUCCACUCAUCAAAUAUUUGAUGUUUGGAUUUAAUAUUAUAUUUUGGAUACUAGGGUUUCUGAUCGCAGCUAUUGGCGUUUAUGCAUGGGUAGAAAAAGAGACAUUUCAAAACUUUGGUCGAUUGACGAUGGGCGGAGCUUUAUUUUUUGAUCCAGCUUUACUUUUUAUUCUUGUUGGUGUAACGAUGUUUUUUAUUGGUUUUGCCGGUUGUCUGGGUACGCAGGCAGAAUGUGCUCUGCGAGAAAACACUUGUCUACUACUGUUUUUCAGUUUUGCUUUGGCCAUCAUAUUUUUUGCUCAACUAGCAUUUGGUACGCUGAUAUUUAUUUAUCGUGACAAAGUCAAAAAUGAAGCUGAAAAACAGUUAUUAGUAAUGAUAACAAGUUAUCGUGAUGAUCCAGAUUUGCAGAAUAUGAUCGAUUGGAUACAACGAGACUGGCUACACUGCUGUGGCGUGAAUUCUUACCGUAAUUGGGAAAGUAACGUCUAUUUUAAUUGUUCAUCGAAAACCGUAGGUAGUGUGGAAGCAUGCGGUGUACCAUCGUCAUGUUGCAGACCAGAUUAUUUUCAUAUUGAAGAUGCAAUUAAAAUACUCAAAGUACAGCAUCUCACAUUUGAUGAAUCACCUUUUAAUAUUACUCUCUGCAUUGUUCAAGAUACCUUAGAUAUUAACAUACAUAAAAAAGACACAUCGUCAGCCAGUGAUCAUGUUGAAAAUCGUGUGUGUCCCAAUACCGAUGAAAAUGGUAUUGUUGUAGAAGAGCCAAAAGUUGGUUGA